GCACUUUUCCAAAGCUCCUGUGCCUGGAGAGCUCCGCUGCAUAUGAGCCCGGGAUCCGCCGCUUGCGCUCCCUUGCUCCGCCCCCCACCCGCCUUCCCUAUCUAGGGGCUCCUACAGCUGAAGGAGCAGAGUCGCGUCGAGCGCCGCUCUGCCUUCCUCCGCGCUUCGGAGGGGAAGCUUUCCGUCGCAACAGCUGCAAGGGAUUCACUUGGACCAGAGGGCAGGAAGAGGUGCGCGGCCCCGAUUUGGAGCCAGAAGGCAGAGAGAGAGAGAGAGAGAGUGAAGCACAGACUCGGACCUUAUUCCACUUUAUCUUAAACCACCCUGAAUCAAUCAAGAUGGCGUCUUCUUUUGCUUGAAGGAGAUUUCUUGCCAGGCAGACAGUGACAGCGGUUGCACCAUGGACCAGGAUAACAAGUUUCCCAACACCACAGUCUUCUGGUUCCCCUCAACCUCUCAGUUGGACAGUUUCUCCCCAGAGACUCCAGCUACUAAUGUUUCCAUCAACAACACAAGCCACCAUUAUGACUUGACUAGCAAUGCCAUCCUCACCUUUAUCUACUUUGUGGUGUGCAUUGUGGGCCUCUGUGGAAAUACUCUAGUCAUCUAUGUCAUCCUUCGCUAUGCCAAGAUGAAGACAAUCACCAAUAUCUACAUCCUUAAUUUGGCUAUAGCUGAUGAACUGUUUAUGUUGGGCUUGCCUUUCCUGGCUAUGCAGGUGGCUCUGGUUCACUGGCCCUUUGGGAAAGUCAUCUGCCGGAUCGUCAUGACAGUGGAUGGAAUCAAUCAAUUCACUAGCAUCUUUUGCCUAACAGUCAUGAGUGUGGAUAGGUAUCUUGCUGUAGUACACCCCAUAAAAUCUGCUAAAUGGAGGCGCCCAAGAACAGCAAAAAUGGUCAAUGUAGCUGUCUGGGGCAUCUCUCUUCUGGUCAUAUUACCCAUCAUGAUAUAUGCUGGAGUGAUCAAUAAUCAUGGAAACAGUAGUUGUACCAUGAUCUGGCCAGAUGAUUCUGGUGUUUGGUAUGCUGCCUUCAUCAUUUAUGCCUUUAUUCUUGGCUUCCUGAUACCCCUAACCAUCAUUUGCCUUUGUUAUCUUUUCAUCAUCAUCAAGGUGAAAUCAUCUGGUAUUAGGGUAGGUUCCUCCAAGAGGAAAAAGUCAGAGAAAAAGGUCACCAGGAUGGUCUCCAUUGUUGUUGCUGUUUUCAUCUUUUGCUGGCUGCCCUUCUACAUCUUUAAUGUCUCAUCGGUCUCUGUGUUUAUUGUCCCAACACCUAUCCUCAAGGGCAUGUUUGAUUUUGUGGUAGUCCUCACAUAUGCAAAUAGCUGUGCCAAUCCUAUCCUUUAUGCCUUUCUAUCUGACAACUUCAAGAAGAGCUUCCAGAAUGUCCUCUGCCUGAUGAAAGUUGGUGGCAUAGAUGAAACUGAUAGGAGUGACAGCAAGCAGGACAAGGCCAGGCUCAAUGAAGCUACAGAAACCCAGAGAACAUUGCUCAAUGGAGACCUUCAGACAAGUAUCUGAGAAACUCCAGCCGUGGUCAAUACAAUCUCCAUACUUCUUCAUGGAAGGCAGCAGUCCACACUGAAUGACAGCAAAAGCUACUGACUGUUCUCUUAAGAGAGUGGCAAAUGUAUGUGACGAAAAGGGCACAGAUGUACAUCACAGCUCCAGGCUAGCUGGUUAUGAAGAUACUAAUCAAAAGAAGAAGCAUAUUUUGGGGUGAUAGACUAGACACACACAUUGGUGUGUGCACAAUAGUACAUGCAUGUAUAAAGGCAUGAUGUGAUCAAGCAUAGUAAGAAUGUUUAUACUAGAUCCAUCAAAGAAUGUCUAUAUUGGAAUCCAUCAUAUUGCACUGUCUUUAAAAAAACACCUUUACUGGUAAGAUUUUUUCUAGUAUUGAAUUAUUUCAUUUCCAGGAUUUGAAUUAUAAUUUUAAAAUGAUUGGACAAGCAUUAAAUAAACAAGUUCCAAUUCUGAACAAGUUGUAUGAAGCUGGGAUCAUUGACACCCUCUUCCCAUUCUAAAAGUAGAUGCUUUGAAAGUUUCUGCCCUUUUUUAGUUAACCAAACAUUACAUUUGUGUGUUCAAAUAAAAAAAUAGUAGUCAUGAUACUAUUUGCAGGUUGGAAGGAGAUAAUGGGAAAAUUAAAGCUGCAUAAAUAUAUUAUUUAAAAAGUAGCUAAUAAAAUGUGAUCUUCAAAAAAUGAGGAUUGUAUAGCUCGUUGGGCAAUAGAGAGAUGUCUGCAGCUAUAAUCAGAUUGUUUUCCUAUGAAUUCAAAGAAAUAAUUUAUUUUGCCAUAUUGCUAUCCCUUGGUUUCCUUCUUAAUGGUUUUCUCUCAGAAAGCAGGGCAAUUGGAUCUCACCUGCAAAUAUCAGGAGGCCACUAGAUGGCAAGAGAGAGAAAUUAAAACUUCUUACUCUUUACUGCCAUCUAGCCAUCUUCAUUAUUUUUUCAGCACUAUUUUUGGUAGCACUACAAAAAGUUCUUUUGUGAAUAGAGCUGAUAUUACCAAAGUAUGAAAUCAGAUUUUUCGUGUUCUAUAAAUGGAUCCAAAAUCCACACUUGAAUAAUAGUAUUAUUAGGACCACCCACCUCUUGUGAAGCAAGCUUUUAAGGUGUGUAGCAUACUCAGGCUUACUCCCAACUUUGACAUUUUUAGAUAAAAUCUUAAUAUUUUUAUGUAGGUCUUUGUUCCUGAUGCUAUUUUAACUGAACCCAGACAACUACCCACCAGUGGUGGGUUACGACUGGUACGCCCCAGUACGGGCGUACCUGUGCCUGCCAAGAGCACCGGGUACCAUUCCGGUAUGGGGCUCCGGAGGGCCCACCCGCAUUCCUUACUGGCAUUUGAGCUCUUCGUGGCUUCUGCGCAGGCACAAGGAACGUAUGGCACUUGCGCAAUGCUCCAGCUGCUUAUGGAGGCAUCACAGAAUGUCGCAGGCGGUAAGUGCACAUGUUCAUGUGGUGGACGCCGGGCCCCGUUGCACCAUACUGGUUGCAACGGGAUCGGGAAACCACUGCUAUCCACAUAUGUGUCAGGUAAGGAAUAGACAUUGUCCUCAGUGUGAUUCAAAUCUUUAUCCUGGGUAAAAACAACCCCCUAGUGGCUUGUGUAUUUAUGGUUUGUGGGAGAGAAUUUACUCCACCUUGAACUCAAGAUUAAUAAUACUUCUUUAAUAACCAUAUCUAUUAUCUAUUUCCUAUCCAUUCUGCUAAGAUCAUAAAAGAUCAUAAACUGCUGAUCAUUUGAUAUCUAGAUAACGGGUAACAUUCAUACAUGAAACAGCCCUGAUAAAAUGAUGGUGGCAAAUGUCUACUAUCUUACCUGUUGCUAUCUUUUCUUUUAUAUCUUCUUAAGUAUCAUGGCUAAAAAACAAAAAUGUGGCUAAAUUAUUAAAAAAGGAACCAAGGUGUAACAUUGACCCACGUGGAAAAGGAAUCUAUGGGCACUUCCCUAUAUUAGUAGGAAGGAACCUGUGGCUGUCUAGAUUAGUGCUUUUUCAACCUUGGCAACUUUAAGACAUGUGGACUUCAACUUCCAGAAUUCCCAUGCUGGCUGAAGAGUGCUGGGAGUUGAAGUCCACACAUCUUAAAAAUUGCCAUGGUUGACAAACACCGAUCUAGCAAUUCCGGCCAUCCCUUACUCUUGGCCAUCUUGCCUGAGGCUCCUGGGAGUUGUAGCUUGGCAAUAUUGAACAAAGGACCUAUUCUGUACCUACAAGUCCUGGAUACUGAACUUGCCUUAGGUCAGUUGGUGAAUCUUUUCGGCACUGAAUGCCGAAAUGGGACCGCGCGCACAUGUGGGGGAGCGGCAAAAACUGGAAGACCAGGUGAUGCACGCUGGAAACAUGCUCAGCUUCCCUGCGCGCCAGGGAGCUGCUUUUUCAGUUUCUAGCUGUCCCGCCCUUGAAGACCAGCUGGCUAGCGUGGAUGUGCACACUGGAACCCAAAAGAGCAACAGACGACAGCUGGCGUGCCCAGAGAGAUGGCUCUGUGUGCCACUUAGGUUCGCCAUAACUGCUUUAGGAGUUCAGUAUGGAAGAUAUCCUCCAAUUCCAAAGUUUCCAGUUCAGAAUCUGAUACUUGGGGCAGGACCUUCAACAGUUACCGCCAAGGCAAAGGAUUAUGCCGGUAUUUGCCGGUUCUCCAAACUACUCAAAAUUUCCACUACCAGUUCUUGCUGGUCAGAACUUGCUGAAUUUCAACCCUGGACUCCACCAUCUUGACAUACGAAGGAAUCAGAAUCUCCUCCAGUAUAGCUUUUGACAGGCUUUAAUGAGGUGCAAGAGAGUCAGACCGACUGCCCCAUGUUUACGCUCAGCUCUUGCACGCACACUCACAAAAGUCUGCCAGUUCCUUUGCGGGUGUCUUUCCCUCUGGCACCUCCUCUCUUCCCUCCAUGUGCCCAAAUGUCAUCAGGGGUUUGCUUUUGACUGGGAGAAAUGGGCUGGUGCACUAAGUGCUCUUUUCUGUGGUGCAAUAAUUACUCGAGGGUUUUGCAUGCCAGAAAUGAAAGCCUUCACUUUAUCGGCCAUCUUCCUCAGCUGGAAGCAGCUGUUUAGAGGGUGCAAAAGCCCACUGUUAAAACAAGGCAGCUGGGUAGAUGAGUGGUAAAAUGAGAGUGCCGGCUCUUAAAACCCCAGGUUUCUGGGGUUCCCCUGCUACUGUGAUAGCUGCUUGUUGGGCUGUCUGAACCAUUUAUUACAGUAGAGGCCUCCAAUUCUAUUGCCUCCUUCAGUGGCCAGUAAGUACCAGGUUGUUCUCAUCUAUCCCAUAUCCUCCAAAUAUAUUGCCGAUAGAAUAUUUGGCAAAGCAACUAGCUUUUGUAUACCUUGAAAGUACUAUAGGUGGCCAUUGGCUUUGAGGAAAACCUACCUUAAAAUUGGAGUAACUGAGGACAAUUUAAUCCUGUCUCAUUGAAGGAUGGGAUGAAGGUAUCAUUAUUAGAAAAAUGGGUGUUUAGACCUUAGAUAGGAUCAAUCUAACUAGAUAGGAUCAAUCUAACUAUAAAUCAGAUCCUAUUUAUUAAUUGUUCAGGACAGGAGAAGGCGCAGCAUACAGUAUGGUACAACUUUUCUGGCAACCAGUAAGGAGCAGGACUUUAAUCUGCUAAGAUUCCUGUUCUCCUGAUUGCUACACACUUAUCUUUAGAGUACUGUUAUGUCAGGGCAAAGGAACAGGCCCAUAUGCUAAGUUGCAGCACAGAAGAUUUAUUCAAGCCUAUACACAAGAACCUAGUCACUAAAAAUCAGCACUAAAUUGAUGCUAGAAAAGGGUCAAAGGGAUUCAAGGAGGGCUGACAUGGGUCAUUUGUGGCAAUGUAGGGACUCUAAGCUGAUGACAUACUUAAUUCCACCCAAGGUUUGCCUAUUCCUUUCCUAUAUCGUAUCUUUUUUUCCCCUCCACCAGAUAGGUUUCUGCCCCAAAGUCCUGUAUUUCUGCAUGAUUUAUAGAUUUUGAGGACUUGUAGGAUUUGGAAGUCUGCAUUAAGCAAGAUAUUUUAAUUUAAGUCUUUGCAUUUCUGAGUUUGUUUAAUGAAGUUUUAUCAUAAACUAUAACAUUACCCCUUAUCAAGGAAGCCAUAGCUUGAGUAAGUUUAUCUUUCAGUUAUUGUCCCCAGGAGAACAGUUGAUUGAUAAAACAAGGUGCAUGUUGAUCAUUAAAGUCUUGAUAUCCUUAAAGAUAAUUACAUUUUAUGAUCCUAGGCAUUUUAACAUGGCUUUUACUUGCUGGAGUACAUUAUUACUUGCCCCUCAAUCACAACUCGCCCUCAUGGCACUUAUUUUAAUGGCAAUUUUGAGCACAGAAAACGAUUGAAUGCGAUCUCACCAGGACUUGAAAAUUCAGUCGUUGCUACAAUUUCAUUUAUCCCAAAUUUGGGGUUCGAUUUGUAUUUAUCAUACAGGACAUAGUAGACCAUCAGAUGCAGGCUGCAGAACUUAAUAAUAGCCACUAGGUGAUAUCAAAGAAUACAUCUCUCUCCCUCCCUCCCUCCCUUUCUCUCUUUGCUGUCCCCUACUGGCCUUCUGGAUUUUGCAGCGCACUGCUGCUAGCCUAUUACCAAGUAGUAUAUUUACCAAGGAUUUUAAGUUAUUUAUGAGCAGAAACAGGCUUUAUAAUCCCUAUACCAGUGAUGACUAACCUUUUUGUCCUCGUGUGUCGAAAGCGUGUGCGUGCGCAUGACAUCGCACGUACAUAUGUCCACACCCAUAAUAUAAUGCACAUAUGCCCCCCGCACCUCCCACUGUGCAGGUGCGUGCGACCCAUCCGUGCCCCAUUUUGGGCCUAGCAAGCCUCCCUGAAGCCUCCUGGGACCAAAAAAGGGGUGCAGUGCCCCCUGCCACGCUCCCCCCUGUACAUGCCUGCAUGCUGUUAACAGGAGUUAUGUUGGCCUAGUAUGCAGUUUUAUUCCUCUCUAGCAUUCAUCUCCAUUGUUUAGUGGUGCAUUUCAUGCCUCUCUAGGAUUUGCCUCUAUCUGCUCCAGUUAGGCACUCCCUGUUCCUGUUGGAUGUAUAUCGGUGGCUUGUAUAGUGUUUUGCAGAGACCCAAAAAUAAGCUGGCCGGUGGCCAUGCUUGGUGGAGCUCAGCUGAGGCUCGCGUGCCGGCAGAGAGGCCUCUGUGUGCCACCUAUGGCACGCAUGCCAUAGGUUCGCUAUCACAGUCCUAUACAGAUAAU